UUUCCCACAAGAUCCGAUGCUCGAUGCUGGCGAACACAAGCACACAGACACUCAGGUAUGAGUCCAGGGCUUUCGGGGUUCAAGGUGGCUUUACAGUUUAGUCACUUUCAUUUCAAAACGCUGUGCCAGGCGAUGAGAUAAGAUCAUCAUUAUGGAUGCUAGCGCUCCGCUUGUCUUUUCCUCCGUCUGAAUCAGCUGACCAGGAAAUGAACACAAACAUCUGGAGGAGGAGAGGGACCGCUGCAGAUGUUUGUUGAGGGUGCAUAUCAUGCCUCACCUGUAGAUGGCAGCAGUGCGCAUGACUUGCGUCUCGCGGGCCUAAAAUAGAAAGAGAAGAAGAGAAACUUUUACCGGAAGAGAGUUCUGGCUUAGUUGAAAGAUGCAUAGUGCUGGAGCUCAGUCUCAUCCUCUGUUUGGGGGGGCACUGUCCGCCGUCUUCCCUCACAGCGCCAAAGACACCAGUGAGCUGAGGGAGAUCCCGGACAACCAGGAGGUGUUCGCCCAUGAGCACACCGACCAGAGCCUGAUCGUGGAGCUGGUGGAGUACCAGGACCAGGUGGCGGACCAAGACGCUGCCAGGUAUCACUUUGAAGACAUCGCGGGCAGCAACAAAGCUCUAGAGCCAGGUGCUUUUCAAGUGACCAGUGUCGUGUCUCUGUCCAAAUCUGAGCUGUCCCUGUCAGACUGCAGCUCCGCCUGGAUGCUGACUGGGACCCAGUGUGUGUCCAAAUUCAACGAAGAAGCGAGGAAUACAGUGACCCUUCACCUGGGUCUGUUCCGUCUGCCACAGUUCUCCACAGAUGUCCUGAUAUCCUUCAACGACCCGCAGAGAAUCAGCCCUGAGAGCAGCAGUGCUGCCUCAGCGGAGACGCACAGAGAGCCAUGGACGGUGCAGGACUUCCAGCGCCUGUUGCAGACUCUGACCCUGCACAACCCGGGCCUGUUUGGGUAGAACAACUGCUAUUGUGUUUUGCUGGGGAUCCACAAAAAUCAGCAGCA